UCUCCCUGUAUCGCCGAUAUCCCGCCAAAUCAUUAUCUAUCAUUAAUCUUAUAUCAAAUCAGCACUCGCUGACAUGGAGUAAUAUCUCAAUUUUUAAUUGUAAUAAUCAUGAAAUGUUAAAAAAUUUUUUCAAAAAAGUCUGGAUUUUUACCCAAUUUUCAGAAAAAAAUGCCGAUCUCGUGUCGCGAUCCGAGAUUUGUUUUUCAGGUCUUGAUUUCUCGUCCCGGGUUCGGUCUCAAUCUCGAGUCUCGGUAGAUUCUGAUUACCGAGCAUCAUUAAAAUAUUAG